AUGGAAAAAGAAACUAAAGAAAUAACACCACCAUCAACACCACCUACACAUACCGAUGAAGAAAAAAACAACAAAGAUAUUGAAGAAAAUUUAAUUUUUCAAAAAUCAUUAACCGAAAAUUUAAAUUCAAGAUUUUAUAAUAAUAAUAAUAAUGAAAAUAAAAAUGACAAAAAUAAUAAUAUAGAUUAUAAAAACUAUAAAUCAUUAAAAGAUUUUUCUUAUUAUUAUAAUGACCAAAUGCAACUAAGAAGUAUUGAUGGUGAAGAAAAAUUUAAAUUUGUAAAUCAAGAGCAUUAUGAUAGAUUAGGUGAUGUUAUUGUUACAACUAUUCAAGAUAUGAUGAAAUCUGAACCAUACAAUUUAAACGAAAUUUGGAUUCCAGAAAAAAGCGAAAAUGAAACAGAAAAUGAAAAUUUUGCCCAAUCAAAUAUAUUUUUAAGUAAAGAUUUUUAUGAUAAUAGUGAAAAUUUAAUGGUUUUAAUAAAUGGUUCAGGAGCAGUAAAAUCAGGACAAUGGGCACGUAGUUUAUGUAUUAAUGAUUCAUUAAAUAGUGGUACAAUUUUACCAUACUUAAAAGAAGCUAAAGAUAAUGGAUUUUCAAUUAUUGUAUUAAAUCCAAAUUUUAAUUAUAUAGAAGAAUCAUCAUCAUCAUCAAACGAAAAAAGUAAUGAUAAUGAUGAACCAUUAAAAAAAAAGAAAAAAGUUGAACGUCAAUAUGUUAAAGGUAGCGAAUCAUCCCAAAAUCAUGUAUUAUAUGUUUUUGACCAUUUUAUUUCAAAAUCACCAGCCAAAAAAAUUAUAAUUGUAGCCCAUAGUUUUGGUGGUGUAAACACAUGUCAUCUUUUAGAUAAUAGAGCAGAAAAAAUUGAAAACCGUUUAGCAGGGAUUGCUCUAACCGAUAGUGUUCAUUCAAUUUCAAGUAAAUCAAAUCAAUUUACCAAAUCUUUCUUUGGAAAUCAAGAUAAAACUAUAAACUUUAUUCGUAGUGAAGAAGAGGUUGGGACUGAUUUGGGUUUCUCAAAACCACAAGGUUGUAGAAUAGCUUCUGCUGGUCACACUAUUCACGAAUUUACUUCAGCUUUUUGUAAAGUUCCUUUAUUUAAUUUUAUUUUGAAAAUUAUUAAAUAA